ACUCCAAAAAUCUCUGCUUCUUCCCUCGGGUGUCAAUUCUCUCGCUCUUAUCGUUCUUCUUUGAUCCUCUUUAAUGGCGUCUACCACCGCUUUAACUGCUCAGAUUCCGAACUUUCACAUUAUAAUUAACCGUAAAAGCCCUAGCCUAUCGUCAAUCUCGUUCUGCAAUAAAAUAAGCUCAAAUGCUGGUCCAAUUUCUAUACCAGCUUUAUCCUUGCCUGGAAGUAGAUCUCGUAACCCAAAAUCUUUUCAGGUUUACAGUUUAUUUGGCGGAAAGAAGGAUAAUAAUGAGAAGAAUGAUGAUGGCCAGUCAAAGGCAGGGAUUUUAGGAAAUAUGCAAAAUCUUUAUGAAACUGUUAAGAAGGCACAGAUGGUUGUUCAAGUCGAAGCAGUGCGUGUACAGAAAGAACUUGCCGUAGCUGAGUUUGAUGGUUACUGUGAAGGUGAACUAAUAAAGGUUACGCUUUCUGGAAACCAGCAACCUAUACGCACUGAGAUCACUGAGGCUGCAAUGGAGUUAGGACCAGAAAAGCUUUCACUAUUAGUUACAGAGGCAUACAAAGACGCACACCAGAAAAGUGUUCAGUCAAUGAAGGAGAGGAUGAGUAACCUUGCGCAGAGUUUAGGGAUGCCUCAAGGCCUUGGUGAGGGAUUGAAGUGACCAUACUAUUCCAUGGUGCUGGUGAUAUGCAAGCUUCAAUUUUGUAUAGUACUUGAGCAGAGGUGGUCUUUUACAAUGUUUUACCAUGCCAUCAGCAUCUGAUCAAAUGUACUCAUGGUUUAUGGGAUGGUAGAAGAUUCAGAUCCUGUAAUCUUUGUCUUUGUUACUGAAAUAAGCAGGUUAAUCUA